CGUUAACUUUUUCUUCUUUCUGAUGUUACCGUUCCAGUUACAAACGUGGGACAAUUUAAAAUCUAGUCACAUCAGAUCGUAUCCUUACCAUCGAUAUAAAGAAGAUGUGGCCAGUGUUGGGUAAAAUUUUAGCUAGAUAUAACGGUUACAUAUGUAUACCUUUUGGUGUUCUUGGAUAUUACAUAGAAGGACUUAUAUCCAAUCGUUAUACACCUCCAACCGCCCCUGUGACGGAACAACGCGAAGAAAGACUACUGAAAGAUAUAGAUUCUAUGCCUGGCACAAAGAAACAUUCCCCAUUGGAAGUUAAUCUUCCACCUUCGUUGUCUGUAUAAUCGUUUCUGCGGUUUCGGUAUAUUAUGUACAAUGAAAGAAAAGAAGGGAAUUGCUUGGAAAGAAUGUAAAAUCAAAGGUACAAUGUUAAUGUAUCGAUAUUCAUUCAUAGGUUAUAUUAGAUAGAAGAAAAUUAUUAAAAUAUAAUUCUAUUACAUGUGUAUAUAUGUAUAUAGAAAUAUCUAAUGUUGCAUUG